CUGGGCCAGGGCGGGGCCGGCGAGCUGCGGCCCGGAACCGCGCGGCUGGACCUCCGCCUUGCCGGCCGCAGCUUCCCGACGCCGGUCCCGGGGGCGCCAUGGAGCCUCGGGCGGUUGCGGAAGCCGUGGCGACAGGGGAGGAAGACGUGAUCGUGGAGGCUCUGCGGAGGUACAACCAGGAGCACUCCCAGAGCUUCACGUUCGACGAUGCCCAACAGGAGGACCGGAAGAGACUGGCGGAGCUGCUGGCCUCGGUCCUGGAGCAGGGCUUACCAGCCUCCCACCGUGUCACCUGGCUUCAGAGUGUCCGAAUCUUGUCCCGGGACCGCAGCUGCCUGGAUGCCUUCACCAGCCGCCAGAGCCUUCGGGCACUGGCCUGCUAUGCUGGCAUCUCUGCCUCCGAAGAGUCCGUCACGGAGCCCCCGGACAUGGAUGUUGUGCUUGAGUCCCUCAAGUGCCUGUGCAACCUGGUGCUCAGCAGCCCUCUGGCACAGAUGCUGGCGGCCGAGGCCCGCCUGGUGGCAAAGCUGGCGGAGCGUGUGAGCCUGUACCGCGAGAGGAGCUUCCCCCACGACGUUCAGUUCUUUGACUUGCGGCUCCUCUUCCUGCUGACGGCGUUGCGCACUGACGUGCGGCAGCAGCUGUUUCAGGAGCUGAAUGGAGUUCGCUUGCUGACGGACACCCUGGAGCUGACGCUGGGGGGGACUCCUGGAGAGAGCCCCCCCAAGCUCCUUCCUCCCCAAGAGACGGAGCGAGCCAUGGAGAUCCUCAAAGUGCUCUUCAACAUUACGUUCGACUCUGUCAAGAGGGAGGUGGAAGAGGAAGACGCUGCCCUUUACCGGUACCUGGGCACCCUCCUCCGGCACUGCGUGAUGGUUGCUGCUGCUGGAGACCGCACGGAAGAGUUCCAUGGCCACACAGUGAACCUUCUGGGCAACUUACCCCUGAAUUGUCUGGACAUCCUCCUCACCCUGGAGUCACACAAAGGCUCCGUGGAGUUCAUGGGAGUGAACAUGGAUGUGAUUCGUGCCCUCCUCAGCUUCCUGGAGAAGCGUUUGCACCAGACACACAGGCUGAAGGAGAGUGUGGCUCCCGUGCUGAGUGUGCUGACGGAGUGCGCCCGCAGGCACCGCCCGCCCAGGAAGUUCCUGAAGGCCCAGGUGCUGCCCCCACUGCGGGACGUGAAGACCCGGCCUGAGGUCGGGGAGCUGCUGCGAAACAAGCUCGUCCGCCUCAUGACACACCUGGACACGGAUGUGAAGAGGGUGGCUGCCGAGUUCCUGUUUGUCCUGUGCUCUGAGAGCGUGCCGCGGUUCAUCAAGUACACAGGUUACGGGAACGCUGCGGGCCUCCUGGCUGCCAGGGGCCUCAUGUCGGGGGGCCGGCCCGAGGGCCAGUACUCAGAGGACGAGGACACGGACACGGACGAGUACAAGGAAGCCAAGGCCAGCAUAAACCCAGUGACCGGGAGGGUGGAGGAGAAGCUGCCCAACCCCAUGGAGGGCAUGACGGAGGAGCAGAAAGAGCACGAGGCCAUGAAGCUGGUGAACAUGUUUGACAAACUCUCCAGGCACAGAGUCAUCCAGCCCAUGGGGAUGAGUCCCCGGGGCCACCUCACAUCCCUGCAGGAUGCCAUGUGCGAGACCAUGGAGGGGCAGCUCUCCUCGGACCCUGACUCAGACCCUGACUGAGGAUGUCGGCUGUUCUGCUCCCCCAUCAGAACUGGUGCUGCUUCCAGAGACUUCCUUGGGGCUAUGACCCGGGAAGCCACAUCCCGCAAGCCACAUGGCUCCACGCCUCUCUCUCCAAGCUGGAGACCUUUUCUCUUUACUUCCAAGGUUCUGUUCGUGAUGUGCCUCUGGUCCGGUUUCUUAUCUCUAGGACCAUGAUGGCCUUUCUCUGCUCUAACUCUGGGCAGUCUGCCUUGAUUUCCACAGAUGAAGUACUUUCACGCGUGCCAAGAGGAAUGUGUGCAGAAGCUGCUACCUGAGGGCAGGGCCUACCUGGACACGCAGUCGAGUACACGUAGGAGGGUAUGGGCCAAGUGUGGGCACACGCAGGCGCAGGAUGCCUGAGGUUGGAGCGCGGGCCCAGAGCCAGUAUGUUGGGGCAUGUGCUGCAUUUUACAGGGAAAAGGAAUCUGCUAGAAUUUUAUAUACAAGUAUGUCAAACACCCAUUCCAAGGUAUGCUCUGUUGUUUCUGUCCCACUGAGCGCAGAGCUGGUGGCCUCCUCUACGUUCCUGUUGGUCUUGGCUUAGCCACCACUGUUGUAUCCACAGCACCCGGUUCUUGCUGGUUGUGGCAAUUAAAUCUCAGUCCUUCCCACUGGCUUAGACUGUAAAUACUUACGUGAGGGAAAAUGCCUCUUGUGCUACCAUAAUAAAUUGAGGUUUGUAUCGUGCACCACAAGUAGCCGCAGAAACAUCAUCCUGGAAUAAAGACUUUGGGACACGAA